GCGAGCCUGAACAACGAAGCGAGAAGUCUUUUGAUCAGCACAGAGCGGAAGAAGGUGGGACCGACGGACGAGGUGGAAGACAGAAAAAAGUAUAUCAAGAAGGAUUUCUCGGGGGCUUGUUGACAAGAAAGAACGUUGUUGUGUUGACCAGGACAAACGGCAUUACAGUUGGUAAACGGCACCUCUGAGCCCCGGAGACCCAGGAAAGGACUGACGAGAACACCAUGGCUUAAACCCUGUGUGCCCCACUAGACACCUGACCCCCCCCCCCUCCCUCCCUUCCACUGUCCACAACCCCACCCACCUCAGUCUCUCCCUGUUCCCAGCCUCCCUAACUCUGGGCAGCGCCCCCCUCUGGAGACAACAUGAUGAUGAGCCUCCAGAAGGACCACGCCAUGGGCUCUGACCGGGACCUUCAGUCCUCCACCUCCUCCUCAGUCAGCCUGCCCUCCGUCAAGAAGGCCCCCAAGAAGAGACGUCUGUCCCUGGGGAACCUGUUCAGACGGCGCCGGGAGCCCAAGAGGAAGUCCAAGGAGCUCCAUGGAGGAGGAGGAGGAGGAGGAGAUGCCAUCGCCAGCAUAGACAGCAUCCACUCAGACCUCAUGCUAAACGAUAAGAACUCUGCCUUCUCAGUGGCAGGAGCUGCCUGCACCUCCUCCCUAGGGGCCUCAUCUUCCUCCUCCUCUUCUUCCUCCCAGGGGUCCGAGCUGCUGGAGUGCCCUCUGUGCCUUCUACGCCACUCCAGGGACAGUUUCCCAGACAUCAUGACCUGCCACCACCGCUCCUGUGCGGACUGCCUGCGCCAGUACUUGCGGAUAGAGAUCAGUGAGUCGCGCGUCAACAUCAGCUGUCCAGAGUGCUCCGAGCGGUUCAACCCCCACGACAUCCGCAUCAUCCUGGGAGACCAGCCCCUCAUGGAGAAGUAUGAGGAGUUCAUGUUGAGGCGAUGGCUGGUGGCUGACCCUGACUGCCGCUGGUGCCCCACCCCCGACUGCGGGUAUGCAGUCAUUGCCUUUGGCUGUGCCAGCUGUCCUAAGAUCACGUGUGGGCGUGAGGGGUGUGGCACAGAGUUCUGCUACCACUGUAAGCAGCUGUGGCACCCCAAUCAGACGUGUGACGCCGCCCGGCAGCAGAGAGCCCAGAGCCUGAGGCUGCGUGCCUUCAGCUCCUCGUCUCUUAGCUACAGCCAGGAGAGUGGUGCUGCAGCUGAUGACAUCAAGCCGUGUCCGCGCUGCGCUGCUUACAUCAUCAAGAUGAACGACGGCAGCUGUAACCACAUGACCUGUGCUGUGUGCGGCUGUGAGUUCUGCUGGCUCUGCAUGAAGGAGAUCUCUGACCUGCACUACCUAAGCCCGUCAGGCUGCACCUUCUGGGGUAGGAAGCCGUGGAGCAGGAAGAAGAAGAUCCUGUGGCAGCUGGGCACGCUGGUGGGCGCUCCGGUGGGCAUCGCUCUGAUCGCUGGCAUCGCCAUCCCCGCCAUGAUCAUAGGCAUCCCUGUGUAUGUGGGGAGAAAGAUCCAUAACCGCUAUGAAGGGAAGGACAUCUCUCCUCACAGGAGGAACCUGGUGAUAGCAGGAGGAGUCACUCUGUCUGUCUUCAUGUCCCCUGUGGUGGCAGCCGUCUCUGUCGGCAUCGGUGUGCCCAUCAUGCUGGCGUACGUGUACGGCGUGGUGCCCAUCUCUCUGUGUCGCAGCGGAGGCUGUGGUGUCUCCGCCGGUAACGGGAAAGGAGUCCGCAUCGAGUUUGACGACGAGAACGAGAUGAACGUAAGGAGUGGGGCGCAAGCUACUGACACGACCUCUGUGGCGGACACGAGGAACAACCCCAGCAUCGGAGAGGGCAGCGUGGGGGGUAUGACCAGCAGUCUGAGUGCCAGCGGGAGCCACGUGGACCGGAUGGGCGCCAUGAGGGACAACCUGAGUGAGAACGCCUCCACCAUGGCGCUGGCUGGGGCCAGCAUCACCGGCUCUCUGUCUGGCAGCGCCAUGGUCAACUACCUAAACAGGUUGGAGGUGCAGGCUGAUGUUCAGAAGGAGAGGUGUAGUCUCAGUGGAGAGUCAGCCACCUUCAGCUUGGGGACAAUCAGUGACAACGCUAGCACCAAAGCAAUGGCUGGAUCCAUUCUCAACUACAGAGAUGGGACCAGUAUGGAGGUGCAGGUGGACGUAGAGCCUGGUAAGUCUGGCGGUAAACUACGGUACCACAGUGGUACCAGCAGGAUGGAUGAUGGGAGACACGCUGGGCGCUGUAGCUGGUCCUGCCCCUCUGGAUGCCCCUCAGAGGGCCAGGAUGGCACCACCAAGUCCAAGCUGAAGAAAGAAGGAGGCUCUAAGACCCAGGAGAGGAGGGAGGAUAUGGACGCUCGGCUCCUUGAGCAGCACAGCACCAACUCCUCAGAGUUUGACUCCUCCCUCAGCGGCUCUCUCCCCUCCGUAGCCGACUCUCACUCCUCCCACUUGUCAGAGUUCAGCGGUGGCUCUGACCUGGAGAGCAUGAAGAUGUCCUGCAGCUGCAGCCAUGGAUCCUCCUCUGACUACCACACCCGCUUCACCACAGUCAGCCCUCUGCCUGAAGUAGAGGGGGACCGGCUGGAGACGUUGCCCUCACCCCAAGGUGUCCUCUCCCAUCCCCACUCCCCCACCUCCCCCUGCUCCUGUCUGGAGGUGUCAGUCUCCCCUCUGUGUCUGAUAGCAGAGGAGAACAUCAACCAGGUGUGUCCUGCAAAGGCAGAGUGGGACUCUACUAGCGGAGGAGAACUUCCCAUUGGAGAGCUGCUGAAGGAGAACAAUUACAACCUGCAAGCCCCUCCCCCCAGCCUGCUCCAGAACUCCUGUAUUCAGAUGCAAGCCCCUCCCCCCAGCCUGCUCCAGAACUCCUGUAUUCAGACUGAGAUCUGAUCUGACAUACCACCACCAUUUUUGGUUUCACAGUAUAUUUUUCCAGAAGACAAAAGCUUUGAAUGGACAUUUCUGUCCUCAGAAGCGUGGAAAAUAAAUAAAGCAGAAAUGUUGAAAGCGCAGUGAAGCCUCAGCUCAGUCAGUAGACUAGUUAAUAACAGGAAGGUGAAUGCUGGUGUUUCCUGUCAUGUGACCCUAUUGCAGUGUUCUGACUGGCUGCUGUCCCUCCCUACAACACACCUCACAGCAGGAGUGAAAGAGAACCACUGUGCCACUGACCUCCGGGCAGACUGUCAGUCAAGCUAGAGAUCAGGAUGCAACACACAGGAACCUUCAAGCUCUCAAUCGCAAAGUUGAACUUGAAUAUGAACCAGGCAAUAGUAUAAUUACCAUUCUUUUUAGUUUUAAAAUGAGUUCAUAAAUAGGCCACUUCUGUUCAGUGAUGAUGUGUAUUUAUUAUAAUUCGAUACUAGCCCGCUGGAAGGAAUUUAAAAGCCUGGUAGUAGUCUAUAUAUCUACGGCUAGCUGAGAGGGACAAACUAUUCUAUAUACGGCCAGCUGAGAGGGACAAAGUACUGGAGCAGAGUACUGUUGCUAGGUAGAAGUAGAGCUGGGUCUCUGGAAGGCCAUGGUUUAAACAUCGCAAAGAUGGACGAAUCACGCUGAGGGUUAAUUAUCAUAACCACAACCCAUCAGUCAGUUCCUUGAAAUUGUUUAACAAAUAUUUUUCAACGUUCAGUAAAAUGAAAUUUUGCUUUUCUUUUUCAGGCUGAAGAAGCUUUCACCUCACAGAGUAACUUUUCUAUCUGUUCUAACCAAUGGUUUAUAUAUACACUAGAUGACUGGUAGGGGGCGCUGUGUUGAAUCCACCGUGCCUCCAUCUUGGCACUCCCUCACUAUUGUAAAAAAUAUUUUGGAAGCUAAAGAAAUGCAUUUAAUGUCUACUUCCGUUUUUACCACAUUUAUUCUAUUACAGACACCUUAAUGCAUACUUUUAAGUUAUUAUGUGAGCUAAACAUAGAAAUAAAAAAAUAUAUAACACUUUCCUUAAAGUAUCA